UAUUUUUACAUUGUUUUAUUGGCACUUUUACUUAAGGAGAGUACUUGGGGAUAGAAAAUAAUGUCCCUGCAGACUGAUUUUAAGACUUCUUGUCACCAGUUCGGUUUCAAAACACUUGGAGUUCCUCCUCAAAUGUAUUUUUCCACCACAUCCCCUCAAGGUUUCUUUCUGUUGGUCUCUAGAGAUAGUGAUGUAGUCAUUCCUCAGUUGAAUAUACUCGUGGGCAUUCAAUGAUUUUUAUCAGAUCUCCCUAGAUAAUGUUCAUGUCUGUUUUUUUCCACCUUAUUUUUUUGAACAUAUUGCGCCUUCAGGGCUUCCAUAGCUCAGGACUCAUUUUACAAUCAGUCCCCAUCACGUGACUCACGAUGAAACUCCAGGGUCUCUAUAUAAAUAACAUCCAUCCUUUCAGUAGUACUGCCAAACUCCAGCGGAGCUGCAAGAAGACAAAAGCGGUUAGGUUCACACGAGACUCUUCUGAGUUCUUCAUUUUGCGCACUUUCUACAACGUCCACAUACUCUGCACUAAAAAAAUGGAGCCCCUGGAAAACUCCACAGCAUCACUCUCCCUGCACAUAAAGAGCACCGCGGACUCCCAGGCGGAACAAAGCAACGGGAAUGCGUACCUGUACAUAUUAAUAGUUAUGUCUUUCUACGGUGUCUUCCUCUGUGGUAUAAUGCUGGGCUACUUCCGCUCCAAAAGGAGAGAGAAGAAGAGGGUAAACAUCUUCACGCGCCUUGUGCACGAGGAGGAGCAGCGGGAGUGGGGCGCGCUGCCCAAGAAACACAGCCUCACCUUUCCGGCCGCUGUCACGGGACUGCGCUCGGUGCAGGUGUCCCUGCCUUUCUGCGGUAACCACGACAACCACUUUGGACAUCUCCACCACCACGAGAGCGCGCUGUCCUCUCCACUGGCGUGCGCGCUGUGCACGGAGCAGAGCAGCAUCAGCUCCCUGUGCUCCUCCGCGGACACUCGCUUCGCCAUUGAGGAGGAGUCGGACAGCGGCACGGCGGAGGAACCGGAGGAGAACCCGAAGGGAGCAUCAGAGAACAGCGGAGAUGACUCAGGCUGAGCUCCGCCCAGAGAAACUGUGUGUUUCCCACCACAGGCACAAAGAGGAGAACCAUCACCUGGAGAGAAAACCAGAAAGUUCUCCGGCGUCCUCACACCACAGAGGCCCAAACAGCCCCAACCAUGAGCAGCAACACGUCAGAACUCCCUAAACCAAAGUCAUCCAUAAUAUGAUACCCAUAAAAGGGCUGGAAAAAGUCAGGCAAGACUCUGUGGCCAAUGUGAUCAGACCUUUAGUCAGUAAGUAGCUGACAGUUCAGAGGGGGCGUUUGUUAAGAACAGAUUUUGUUUGAACUGAUUUCAAACAUUUUUGCUGUGAUCUCUGCUCCACAUAUUCAUGACAGUCAUUCUGACUCAGUUCCACAUCUUACCAUACCACGCACACACACACACACGUUCUUUAUUUAAAAUACUUUACAUAUGAUUUUAAACCACAAGAUAACAGUGGAGAGAGUGAAGCAUAUGAAUGUCAUCCAUAUACGUUGGGAUAAUCUAUAAAACAUACUAAUUAGUGUUACCCAGUCACGUUUAAAUAACUUCAUUUAGACCUGAAACAGUAGUUUUAUGCACCAGAUCAAUAUACACACAGAAAUAACAAAGCUAAAGCUAUAAAAGGCAAUAUGCUGCACUCAUUAAUAAAUCAAUUUAUUGACGAAUAACCCCAAAACUACACAUUACAAAAGAAUAAAAUACUAGAUGAAACAUUAUUUACUAUUAUUCCAUAUUAUUUCACUGCAUCACUUUGUCUCUUGGUGGAGACCCCUCCCUGCUGGAGGCCCCUCCUGACGCCACACUGAGAACAAACCCGCUGGUUUGGAGUGAUGACUCACCCUGCAGGGGGACUAUGAGAGACUGGCUUUUUUUUUUUUUUUUUUUUGCUGUUUGGACUGAACUUGACUUACUCUUGCCAACACGGUCUCGAGUAUUGAAACAAACCUGGAACCCACUUGAAAGAUUGUCUCAACUAAAAAUGCAUUUGUCAUAGCUUCGCGAUUGAUGAUGUAGGUUUACUUGAUGGAAGCAAUGCACUGUACAUAUUGUUUUCACUUCACGAGGCUUAAUUUAAGAGAGUCUUUGUAGCGUUUCUGAAAAAGAAUAAAUGCUUAUGACUUGUUCGAA